AUGCUGCAAUUGAUGUCUCGGCAUCGGCGGCGGAAUCCCCGACCAGAUGACGGGUACGAUAUUCGGCUCGGCGACAUUGCCGUCAGCUAUCCCAAUGAGACCGCAGGCGGAGUCUUCCAGUACGACCUGGUCAAGGCAAUGGACGGGGGCAAGUGUAAGCGGAUAGGCUUCCUCAGGCCACCUCCGCUGGUCCUCCUCAAGGCGAUUCGUGAAAUCAAGAGCAUUCACGAGCUGGGAGAUUCUAAGGUUCCCUACUUCCUCCGAGAGAUGCUAGAAAAGGAACCGAAGAUGGGGAAGAUAUCCAAGAAAAGUCCUGGAUAUGUUCACCAAGGGCUUGAAAAUGAUCAUCUCUUCAAGGCUGAAUAUAAGCACAUUACUGGGCCGAACUGUCGCGGCUGUGAGUCAGCUGGCAAGGUUGAACGCGACGCUCGAGACACUACCGACCCCGAGAUACACUACGGGAUCAUCGCAUCCGGCAAUACGCUUGUCAAAGACGCCGCCGUGCGUGAUCGUAUUGCUGCCGAUUUCGGCGAGGGCUGCAUUUGCUUUGAGAUGGAAGCGGCGGGUCUUAUGAAUCACUUUCCCUGUCUCGUGAUCCGAGGCAUCUGUGAUUAUGCUGAUUCCCACAAGAACGAUCAAUGGCAGCGCUACGCCUCGGCCACUGCCGCUGCGUAUGCCAAGGAGCUCCUCGAGCACGUUCCCGUCGCAGAGACCUAUGCGACUAUACUGGAUCGCCUUAAUAAGGAUAACGACCGUCUUAUCUGCAGCUUCUUCUUUGACUUUGGCGACAAGAGACAACAGACCGUCGAUGGCAUGCUGCGAUCGCUUGCUUUCCAACUUCACAAAUGUGAAGCUGAUUUUGUAGACCUUAGCAACUUAUUUCAAGCACACCAGAAUGGCCGCGACCAACCUACCAUAAAGGCGCUUAAGGACGUUGUGUACAAGAUGCUUAAAUCCCAGAAGAAGAAGACUUCUAUCGUCAUGGACGCUUUGGACGAGUCGGAAACGAGGGACGAUCUUGUCCAAUGGAUGAAAGACGUCAUCUUUACGCCAGAGCUAGACCACGUCCAACUAAUCUACACCAAUCGGCCUGAGCCCGAGUUCGUGCGCGACAUCCCCUCGUUAAUAGGCGAGGAAAACCGCUUAGCACUUGAUAAGCAGUCGAUCAACAUCGAUAUUCGAUCAUAG